AUGAGUAAUUCACUGGAAGAACGUCUUCGUGCCAAUUCAAGUGCUUUCGAUGGUUUACUGGCUUUAAUUCCUGCGAAAUACUAUUACGAUGAAAAAAGUCAAGAGCAAUGGAAGGCCAAAAAGAAGACUAAAGAGCAGAGCAAAAAUGAUAAAUUGAAGAAACUGGACCCCGAGCAACGUGACGAUGAGACAUCUAGUACGUUGGAAGUCAUGAAAAAGAAGGAGAAAGAUGCCAAGCCAGUGGUUUUACCUGGUGAAAAAUUCAAGCACAUGAAAAUGCAAAGGCAGAAGGAAGCGUUAGUAAAAGAAGAAACAGCCUUAGAUCAGAAGGCAGAGCAGGACGGUUCUAGCACGAUAGCGCCAGAAGAUGAGGAAGAGGAUAUUAAGGUGAUCUUUGAUGAUGAGGGAAAUGAAAUACCCUUAGAAGCUAAAAAAGAUACAAAAGAAGAUGAUAAAAGUACUGAAAAGAAAUCAAUUACAGAAAAAGAGAAAUUACAAAAGAAAAGAAACUUAGAAGCGUUACGUUCUAAGUUGCAAGCCAAAAUCUCUGACAUGAAGACCAAAAGGAAAGCACCUGGGUCUAGAGAGGCCAUUCUUGCUCAAAGGAAGCGGAAGGAAGAGUCAAAGAAAAGAAAGCGUUUAGAAAGCGAGCAGGAACAGGAGCAAGACGAAAACGCAUCAGACUCUGAUAUAGAUGAUAUUGACAGUGAUUUGGAGAACAACUCAAAGAGAAAAUUCAAGAAGGCUAAAAAGGACACAGAGGUUAACGCAGAUGGUGUAAUUUUUCAAAACAUUAUAUUUGAUGAUGGUGCAAGAGCCACAUCAGAUUUACAAAGAUUAAGAAAAGCUGGUAGAGCGAAAGGUCCUGCUAAGAACGAUGUUAAAUCACAUUUGAAGCUAUUAGAGGCCAAGAAGAAUAAAAUGGAAUCCAAGGAUGAACUAGAACAGAUCAAACUAAAGGAAAAAGAAAAAUGGCAAAAGGCAAUGUUACAAGCAGAAGGCAUUAAGAUCAGAGAUGAUGAAAAGCUGCUACGUAAAGCUAUCAAGAGGAAAGAAGCCCAAAAGAGGAAGUCUGCGAUUGAAUGGAGCGAGCGUAAGAGGGUUGUGGAGGACACUAUAUCUGAAAGACAAAAGAGAAGAGAGGAAAAUUUGAGGAUUAGGAAAGACAAUAAGGGUAAGAAGAGAAAUAAGCAAGAAAAGAUGAAAAGGAAAUAUGUCGGUAGUGCUGUACCAAAGAAGAGAGCUGGAUUUGAAGGUAGACUGAAGACAGGUAAUAAAAGAGGAGGAUCCAGGUAA